CAGAGAGGAGGAAGAGGAAAAGAAAGGAGGAGGUGGCUGGAGACAGCGAGCAACGUUCAAACUGGGAGAUUCACAGUAGUUUGGGGUCUUUCUACAGAAAUCCCAGAAAAUUCCUGGUGGACCCUGUGGGUUUUUAUUUCCCUGAGCAUCUAGGUCCACUUCAGAGCUCUUGCAAGAAACUGAGGAAUUAAUCUCGUGGGAAUGGUUAGCUCACUUGCCAAAAGCUUUCUUCGCAUUUGGAACUGCUUCGCCCUCCUUCUCCAAACAAAGCUUUUAUCACAGAGAGAACGCAACCUGGUUGUGGUCGGCUUGCCUCACCUUUAUCCAUCAUUCCCUGCCCAGCAGCUCAGUCUGGGUUCGAUCCCACUUCCUUCCAACUGAGGGCCUGAAAUAAAACCAAGAGGAUCUCUUCAAACAACAUGCGUCCUGUCUUUGUCUCCAUUCUCUGGUCACCUUCUAUAUUUAUAAAACUGUUUAACUGACCUUCCGGACGACUCAGUGCCAAUGCCGCAGGAGGCAGGGGAGGAAAAUUCCUAUCAACAGUUGGUGCUUGGAAAAAAAGCGAAACAGGAAAAGAAGUUGAGAUCAUCCUUCUUCCGUUUCUGUCUUCAAUGAUUCCCAGGACUGUGAGGACUGUGGUGGCCACGUAACCUUGUGUUCCCCAAAACGUGCUGACGAGGGAGGGAAGCCGAACAGGGGGCAAAGGUCAAGUGCCAGAGAGACUUUUCUCCCUGUUAGAGCCACAACCUGCUCAAAGGAUGAACGGCUCAGCCUCUGAGGUCUUUCUGAACCCAUAUGGUGGCACUCCCCACCCUCCUUUGGUCCAGAAACACUGCUGCUUAUCAGUCGUAGAACCAUGCUCUUCUGCUGUUGAAGACUGGGAGACCGCAGAUGCAGAAGAAGAGGAUGACUGCCAAUUCCUAAAUGUGCAAAUGCGCAGGUCGGGUAACCUGAGGUGUUCUGCGCAUGCACAUGACUCCUUCCGAAGGCACAGCUGGGAGCCUGGGAAAGUGCUUGAUGAACCAGAUUUUCAUCAGCGGAGCUUCCUUUCCAGUGUGAGCCUGAAAGGAUUAGCCCCCGACGAGAUUGACUCCUCUGCGGUGCAGAUGGACAGGCAUUCUCGGGGCAGAAUGGAUCCCCGUCGAAUCCCCAUCAUUCGGAGCAGUGAUGAGAUGGAGUCUGUCCUGUCCCAGGACGAAGAGGACGAUGACCUGGAAGUGGCUCAGGAACAUUCCAUGAGGAUGCAAGCAUAUCGGGCAUCCCCAGGGUCUGUUUGUACUUCUCUGUCCAAGUCAGUUUCCAUGAGUGUCAUUGACAGCUACCCAGAUGCAGAUGAAAUCUCCCUUUAUACUGAUGCAGCGAGCUUAGGUAAUGGUUAUAUCACCGGGAGCUGCGGGCAGCUGGACACCACCACGGGGGAGGCCGAGGACAAGGUGCACCCGCAAAGGGAGGGGACCACCCUGGGGAGGACUUUUAGCUUCUUUAAAAAGAUGACUGGGAAAUCAAAGAACAGAGAGAAAGAAAGGAUGAAGGAAAAAGAAAAGGAUGCCCGCUACACCAAUGGUCACCUCUUCACUUCUAUCACGGUUUCGGGCAUGACCAUGUGCUUCGCCUGUAACAAGAGUAUUACAGCCAAAGAGGCGUUGAGCUGUCCCACCUGCAAUGUUACCAUCCACAACCGCUGUAAGGAUACCUUACCAAACUGUACCAAAGUCAAGCAGAAGCAGCAAAAGGCCGCCUUGCUCAAGAACAAUACAGCAUUGCAGUCGGUGUCUCUGAGGUCCAAAACGACCAUUAGGGAGCGCCCCAGUUCUGCCAUAUACCCCUCAGAGAGCUUCCGCCAGACCCUGCUGGGAUCCCGCCGGGGCCGUCCCACGUUGUCGCUUUCCAAAAGUGUCUCUACCACCAACAUUGCAGGGACUUUCAACGAUGAAUCCCCCUUGGGGCUCAGGAGAAUCCUGUCCCAGUCUACAGAUUCCCUUAAUAUGCGCAACCGAACACUCUCUGUAGAAUCGCUGAUUGAUGAAGGAGCCGAGGUCAUGUACAACCAGCUGAUGAGUGAUUUUGAGAUGGGCGAUAAGGACUUCGAGGCUGAUUCCUGGAGCCUGGCGGUGGAUAAUAACUUCUUGCAGCAGCACAAGAAGGAGGUCAUGAAACGGCAAGAUGUCAUCUAUGAAUUGAUUCAGACGGAACUCCACCAUGUGCAGACACUGAAGAUCAUGACCAACCUCUUCCGGAAGGGGAUGUUGGAAGACCUCCAGAUGGACCCAACGGUGGUGCAGAGCAUGUUCCCCUGCGUAGAUGAGCUCAGUGAGAUCCACGACCGCUUCCUGGUGCAACUCCUUGAGCGCCGCAAGGAGUCACUGGCCACCGACAGCAACAAGAACUUUGUCAUCAAUCGGCUGGGAGACAUCCUUGUUCAGCAGUUUUCAGGCACCAGUGCUGAGCAAAUGAAGAAGGCUUACUCAGAGUUCUGUAGCCGUCACAGCAAGGCCGUGAAGCUUUAUAAAGAGCUGUUCACCCGGGACAAGAAAUUCCAGCAGUUCAUUCGAAGGCUGACGCGGUCAACGGUGCUACGCCGUCACGGUGUGCAGGAGUGCAUCCUUCUGGUCACCCAGCGCAUCACUAAAUACCCUGGGCUUAUUGACAGAAUCCUGCAGAACUCCAAAGGUAACGAAGUGGAUCAGCGGGAUCUGAGCAUAGCCUUGACCCAGGUCAAGGAGCUGCUUUCUACGAUCGACCAGGAGGUGCACGAUUAUGAGAAGAAUGCUCGGCUGCAGGAGAUCUACGGGCGGCUGGAUGUGCGUGCCAAGGCCGAUCUGGCCAAGGGCUCUUUCUGCAGCGAAGAGUUGCUGCGGCGGAAGCUGGUACACGAUGGCUCCAUGCUCUGGAAGACAGCUGCUGGGCGCUUUAAAGAUGUUCUCGUUGUCCUGAUGACAGAUGUCCUCAUCUUCCUGCAGGAGAAGGAUCAGAAAUACAACUUCCCCAGCCUGGACAAGCGACCUGUGAUCUCUCUCGAAAACCUGAUUGUCCGAGAUGUCGCCAACCAGGAGAAGGGCAUGUUCCUCAUCAGCGCUGCCCCGCUGGAGAUGUAUGAGGUGCACACUGCCUCCCGGGAGGACCGCAACACCUGGAUGAAACUCAUCCAGCAGACCGUCAAGCUAUGCCCUAACCGCGCUGAUUUUCCACUCAUUGAGACAGAGAAUGAAGCUUCUCUUCGGAAACUAAAAGAUAAGAUUCAGCAACGAGACCGAGAAAUCACAGGACUCCUUGAGGACAAAGUGGGGCUAUUUGCUGAUAUCCUGGCCCUUCAGAGCGGUAGUGUGGACAGCCCCCUACCCUGCAUGAAUUCCCGCACUCUUUUCCGUGCUGAGUCAUCAGACACUCCCCACGGCGAGAAGCUGAUCCAGGAGGCCAUCAGAGAAGUGGAGUUUCUGAAGGAUUUGUUUGUGGGACCCAGCUGGGAUCGAGAUCAAAACCACACCCAUGAUGCAAAUGGCUGUUCCAGCCCAAACCCCAAUAACACUACAAAUGGGGAAACCGGAAGCAUUAACGGCUCCCUUGAAUUCAACAGGGUUGAAUCAGAUUCCAACCAACGUGAUGGGAAUGGAAACCAGUUACAACAGAAAGCACCACAGGAGGAGGUGCUGCAACGGCUCAGGGCUCUGUAUUCUCUGCUUCACGGCUUGCAAGCAGCUGUGGCACAUCAGGAUACCCUUCUGGAGAUUCAGGUGCAGGAAGCAGGAGAACGGCGGGAGAGGCUGAUUCGCACCAAUUCGUGCAAGGAAGCCGCUGCUUCCACAGCGGACAAGCAGGCCACCGACUUCUCACUGCUGCAAAAGCAACACGCGCUGUUGCAAGAGGAGCUGAGUCGCUGCCGGCAACUGUACCAGGAGAAGGCACAGGAGGCUACGGCUCUGGAGGUGCGGCUGCGGGAGAGCGAGCAGGAGAGAGCUCGGCUGGAGCAGGAAGUGGAGGAGAUCCGCAAGCAGACAGUGACCCUGCGGCAGCCUGGGGCAAUCGUGGAAGCCAUAUGGGCACGGAAGGGGGCAGAGCCCCGGAGACGCAGCUUGCCCGCUGGCGACGCUCUGUACCAAAGCUUCACUCCACCUCAGCAGAGCCGAGGAGGUGACCCUCUCUCCCCCAGCUGCCACUCCUUCCAGCGGACCUUUGUCAAUUGCCAACGGGAUGAGAUUGGCUACCACGGCAUAUCCAGUAGGCUCCAGGAGGGUGACCAAGACUUGGAGGUGCUGUCAGAGGAGGAAGGCGUAGAAAUGCAACAUACUCCUCCUUCCAGCCCGCGAGAUUUCCUGAAGAUGCAGGAGAUGUCCGAUUUUCCGAAGAUGCAGGACAUUCCAGAGGAGGUUGAAAGCAGCCAGGAACUGAAUGUUGGAGACAGUGGAACUUCAUAUAGUUAGAUUUGGCGCAAGGGGGGGAUCACCCCCAUACCUUCCUAAAGCCAUCGGACAGAGACUGCUCCGCCAGGCAGAGACCACCUUGCCUCCAAUCAAAACCAUACCGUGGGACUUCAGGGACCUGGAAAGACCGCACCAAACUAAGGCCUUUUCUGUAUGAGUGGUUUACAUGAUUUCAUGCUGUCACAUGCCUCGUGUUUUGGUUUUUUUUUUAAUUUACGCACAUGUUUUCCUCCGGUUUUCAAAAAGUUUUUCCCCCUCCAUGUUUUCUUCCAGCACCUUAACAGCAAUAUUUUCAUCCAAUUCAGAGCUGGCUUUUCAGUGCGCAAGCAAAAUUUCCCCUCCCCAUUUUAUUUUCUCCAUCAAAUAGUCAGCCUGUUUCCAAGCCCCCCGUUUUUCGUUUUGCUCUGUGAGACAGCAAGGGCGAUACACAGCAUUCAUGCGGGCUUCCCCCUCCUUUCUUCUCCGGUGACAGCAGAGAAGGAAGAAGCCAUGGUAGACAAGAGAGAGACCGUCCCCCGCCCCCUCCCCAGUUGUCUUCUUUCCCUUCAUUUGCUCCCUUUCUUCCCUCCCCUCAUUGGUCUGUUGUGGGAUGUUGGUGUGAAUCAACACAGCGAUGGUGGCAGGGCAGAAAGAAGAUGAAACAGGCUUGAGGGAAUUGCUUCAGUAGUUCUCUUGCUCUCCCCCCACCCCCACCCACCCCAGUUUUUGCUGCACUGAGGAGGAGACGGAAGAAGAGCCAGCCCCAUUCCAAGGUCACAUUAUUGUUACUUCCCUCCCAUCCCUCCACUCGUUCCCCAUGCUAUUUUUAAUUUGUUUAAUGAUAGAAUUAGUGAUAAAAGGAUGGUAUAAGUUAGAGCAAGGAUGCAUAAGUCAUCCAGCACGUAUUGCCUGGGCUAGUGUCACUGAGCACUAGGAAGUGCAAGAAGUACUUGAUGUCUUCCUAUACGUAAUGAAGCCGACUCUACUUAAAAUUUCACCAGUCAAUUCAUAUGUACAGAAGAAAGCAAGCUGCCGCAAGUCUUGAAAGCAUACAUAAAACACAUUAUGGUUUACUACAGGACAACAAUGUGGGCAGUCCUAAUACAGGUGCUCAACUCCUCAUUUUUGCCUCGCCCCAACACGUCCACGUAGAUUUUGCAAGACAACAAAAUACUGCUUUAAAAAAUGAGAAAAUUGGACCGUGUUAUCAAAGGUGGUGAUAGUUUACUGAUGGUAACAGCUUGCACACUUUUAAUGUGGUAGGGCAAAGCAGACUUGGAACGACAAUGUGAAUUAAGAUUUUAGUGUUUGGGGGCGGGGGGUUGUUGAACAUAUGUUGCCAUUCCUAAAUGUAUAGCAUCUGCUGCUGUAGAUUUAGGCAUCCAUUUUGAGUUGGAAGUUUAACGUGACUGCGCAGUAGUGCUAGAGCACCUGCCCAAAAAUAAAACAAGGGAUUGUCCUGCACUGUCACCUGCCCCAUCACAGGUAACAUCUGACCCUAACCAGGAGUACUGCUUUUUUAACAGUACCAUGCAGAAUAAAUAGAACUGAAAUAAUAAGGGGGAGGGGAAACACCAAAACUGGGGCGGGGGGGGGGAGAUGGAGCAGUGCAGAAUGAUCUAGGAAUUAUUUCCAAGCCACAUGAGUCCACCAGUGGAAAAUCUGUCGUAAGCUGUGCAUGUGGAAAAGACCUAACUUUGGGUGGGGGGUGGGAUUAAUGGAAAACCAUGUCAUGAGAAUGGGAGACGGGACGGAACUGCGCCACACACACACACACCCCGGACCACUGCUUUUAUAGUUCCUCGUUGAUGGACAGUGGAUUUGGGGAUCUGUUGUUCUUGUUGUUGCUCUGCAAGUUCUCUUCCCAUUCUAGAACCGGGGGGGGGGGGGGGGUAGCACAAAUGCCUACUGUUUUACCCACCUCUUUGUCUCGCUUCUAGGCAGUUUUAUUUAUUUAUUUUUGGGGCAGGAGGAAGCUGCCCCCUCUUUGUAAAGCAUGCAUUUAAAUUAUUAUGGUUUUUGUUUUGUUUUUGCUUUUCCUUGGGACUCUGUGAAUACACAGGGUAGAAGGGAACAUCUUAAUUUUCCUGGUAAACUUCUCCAACUCAAAGGAGAACAUCUGCCAGCCGAAAUUAUUCCAGGUCACAGAAUUCUCACACUAUACUUAUGCUGCCACUGAGGGUGGGGUGGAGCAUGUGGCCAGCGUGUCCACAGGUGGAGUUCAACCUUUCAAGCUGCUCCGUUGCUGGUCUGAAUAGUUUAACUGAAGGAUCUAGUUCACCUUUGGAAUCCUAUAUUCCUUUUGAUGAUCUGCAUAAGAGAGUUUUGGCACACCUUCGCGGUGAGCAAAAACAUUGCUGCUCAGAAAGCAAUCCACUCUGUGGAGGAACUUUGUCCGCCAGGUUAGCAGGAGGAGAGCAACCGCAUACCUCCCCAUUGCAAGCCCUCUUUAAGAUCAUGCCCACAUUUUAGAUGUGCCCAUUGGUUCCCUACCAGUUUAAAUGCCAUGCUUGGUUUUUCCCUUUCCAAGGAAAGAUGAGAGCUGUGGUGAGAUCAUGAGACUGGUGAUGUUUCAAGCAUGAAUUCUCCACAGUUGAAAAGAUUUACGCCUGUGUCUCUGAGACCAUUUUUCACACCCCCAUCGCCAUUCAAGCUCGUGAAGCAAAACAGGAAACACCCUGAAUUGCCUUUAUAACCUAAAAUCAAAAGGCAUCAGAUUGAAACAAGUCUUGGAAAGGCCCAUGAAGGGUGGUAACCCAAGGGAAUACCAAGCAUCUGCUAUGCACUGUGGGAUUGCAGCCCAUAAUUGGCAUGUCGAAUUUCAUGCAGUCAUGAUGUUUGUACAAUGCAUGACAAACACUUCCCCCUAGUGGAUGGUGCUAGCUAGAGUAACAAUCCUCAAUAGGUUUGUCAUCAGUGUUGCUGGAAUGACAAGAAAUCCCUGGGUGCGAGGGGGAAGGGGGACCACACAUACAUGAACAUCAGAGUGUUAGUGACAGAACAGCUAAAUAACAUGGAAUAGAGUGAAUGGAAGGCUCCACCUGAAACCUCAGUCAUGAAAAUAUUAUUUUAUGCAGAGAUGACAAGAGGUAAUGGCUGGGGAGGUCCUGCUCAUGGCAGGAAAAAGUGAAACUCAGUACAGUUAAUUUCUUUUUGCUCCAAAGCUGGAGAAUUAUGACCGGCAUUUGUUUUCCAAAAUAACAACUGGAGGAAAAAAAAUUAAUCCAAGGACUCAAAAAGACUUGGUUCUGAAAUUGGUUAUUUUGGAAAGACUGGGAUUUGGGAUUUUGUAACGUGUGUGAACCACAGCUGCCGCCACCCCCCACCCCCCCCCCCAGCAUCUGUCCUGUGUGUGUCCCACUGAAAUAACUCUUGAGGUAGAGAGGAAGAACAUAACCUGUUCAGUGGGUCUUAGACAGGAGAAUCUCCCCUUGGUUUGAACCCAUUUUGUUGAUCCUCUGCCAGGUUACCUUGGGCCCCAAUACAUGUAGGGCGAAUGUGCUACCAAGUGUGAAUCUAAUUUGAAAGAUCUUCCCAUUUUUAUACAAAGAAAUAACUCUGAGGUAGAGAGGAAGAACAUAACCUGUUCAGUGGGGCUUAGAACCCAUUUUGUUGAUCCUCUGCCAGGUUACCUUGGGCCCCAAUACAUGUAGGGCGAAUGUGCUACCAAGUGUGAAUCUAACUUGAAAGAUCUUCCCAUUUUUGUACAAAGAAAGAAAGAGCAUGUCCCCACUGCAUGUUUCCUCAGAAUUCUAAAUGAGAUGCAGGUGGAUGUGUAGAAGUAGCCCAUUUUGGAAAAAAUAGAUGUUUUGAUAUAUAUAAAAACGCCUGCUCCCACCUCAAAAAAAUAUUUUUUUUUCCUGAUGGCAAACAGAUGUUUAUCUGGGGAAAUAAAACUAGAUGGGUAUUGGUUGUUUAUUUUAAGAACUACACCAUCCUGAAGAGAGAAUCUUU